AUGUCUACACCAAGCAAUGUUCAUUAUGAUAAAUCUCAACAGAAUAAUAUGCUUCGUUCAAGAAGUCAACCGAUCUCGGAAUAUCGUUAUGGUGCUAUUCCACCAUCAACUCCAAUGGGAGGACAACCAAUGAAAAAUUAUUUUGAAAAUCUUCUUUAUCUAACACCACAUCGUUUUAUAUCACCACCACAUACACUGGUAAGUCGAACAAAACUAUCAUCAAAUUCGAGUACAACUGCUCCAAGUGAUCGUUCUUCACAUGGCAAAGUUGGACAUCAAUCAGUUGUUUCGAGUUUAAGUUAUCGUUCAACACAGACUCGUUCACUCCAUGAAAAUCGACCUUUACCAAGUAAAUUACUAGUAAAAUUUCGUCGAGCGGGUCAUUUAAUUAUAUUCGCAAUUUAUUGGUGUAAUUUCGCCGGGAAAAAAAAUCAGUUACGUUCAAUGGUCUAUCAAUCUUAUUUGCAAACUGCUGGUACAACAGAAAAGUACAUGUUUGAUAAGUCAAACUUCAAAAUUCAAUCUCACGAAAUUUUACCUGCAGUACAAGAUUUUUUUAAACAAUCAACAGGUGCACGUGACAUUGAAAAUGCUGAAGAGAUUCGAAGAACUUUAGCUGAUAUUAAACCAUUUACACGAUUACCAAAAGAAUUACAAGAUCAAUUAUUACAGUUGGCAUGGUAUGAAUGUUAUCCUGAACAACGUACAAUUGUUCGACAAGGUGAACGAGCGGCUAAUUUUUAUAUAAUUUUAUCCGGUUCAGCUAUUCCAACAUAUAAGAGAGCAACGGAUGGUAAUAUUGAAACAUUGGAUGUCUUAAAACGAGGAUGCACAUUUGGAGAAAAAGGUUUAAUGAUGGAUUCAACACAAAAUUUUACUGUGGUAUCAAAAACAAAAAUUGAAUUAUUAGUUAUAUGGAAAGAUGAUUUUAAAUCAAUCUUUAUGAGUAAUAAUCGACAUUGCAGUAAAGAUAAUCUAGAAUUUCUGAAAAAUCAUGUACCAUUUUUACAUGGUUUUCCUGUAGAACAUUUAAGUGAAGUUCCAAAUGCAAUUCAACAUUGUCAUUUUAGACAAUCAGAAGUAAUUGCCAAAGAUAGUCGACGUAUGAAGCAUUUAUUUAUUGUUAAAAAAGGUUCACUUGAUGUAUGGAAACGUCUCGAUCCAAAUGAUUAUCAUCGAAAAAUCAUAAGAAAGGAUUCUGUUCAAACAGAUCAUGAAAAAAGCUUGUCAAUGGAUGAUGAUCAUGAUGAAGCAACAGGAGAUAAUCGUACAUUAUUUUCAGAAAUUCAACUUAGUGGUGAUAUUAACGAAUCUAUGGAGAAUGCCAAUGCACUCGAUGCUGAUUUUCGUUUAAGUCGUUUACGUCGUUCAUCAAUUGAAGAUCAACGUAUUUCAUCUGCAUUAUCAACAGCAUCUCGAAUUGUUGUUAAUGAUAUUAAAAAAUUUCCUGGUCUAGUUGAUAAACGUGAUCGAUUACUUUUAAUUGAUUAUGAUAAAUUAUCAGUAAAUAGUAAUAUAACAAAGUCAACAUCAACAAAUCUAUCUACAAAACCGAAACGAUCAUUAGUCAAAGUAUCUCCAAAACCUAAAUUAAUCAGUCCCAAUUCAAUGAUUUAUGUACAUGUUAAGACAUUAAAUGAAGGUCAACAUUUUGGUUUAGCAGAUAUGUUAUUUCCAAAUCAACCAAUAUUAACAUUAGUUAGUAAUGAAUGUGAAUGUCUUUUAUUAAAUAAGUCAUCAUUUAUACAUCUUGCAUCUGAUCAAUAUAAACAAAGUGUACGUCGAAGUGAAAUUCCAUUUCCAGGUGAUGCUGAUUUUUAUAAAACAUAUCAUAAUAAUGAAAUUUGGAAACGUUUUACAAAACAAGUAUAUAUUGAUGCAUUUGGCCGUAUGAUUCAACAGCAUCCACAACAUAUAAAACGUUCAACUAAUAUUAAUGAACGAAAACAUCAUCAUCAACAGCAGCAAAAUACGAUUCUUAUCGGUGCCGCUUAA